UCAGCGACUGUUCCUCUGGACAGGUUGUGAUAAAUCUAAGUGUGAACACGAGUCUGUCUCCGCCAAGAUGGCUCCGCGACAAAAGACGUUAGAUAAGAAACAGAGCUCCCUCUAGUGGUUACUGUCAGCCACAACUAUAAACUACAACUCCCAUAACUCCCUGCAGCAACUACUUCCGGGUUAUCUCACUGUCCUGCUGCAUGUGAUAAACAAUCCAACUUACAGGGGAAGGGGGAGGAUCUUCUCAUGUGACCUGAUCACCUGAUCCUCAUAGAUGUUCCCAAAGACCAUAUCCCCGGGAAUGGCAAAGAAGGAUUCCGAGGUGACCGAGAGGAUCCUCAACCUCACCAUCCAGAUCAUCUACCUGCUCACUGGAGAGGAUUACACUGUCGUGAAGAAGACCCCUGAAGACUGUGAGACCUCCAACAGCCGCCCCCAUCUGUCGGGAGAAUGGAGCAGGGCUCGGGACAGUGUCAUGGAGCCUCCACCGCCCCCUCACCGAUACCUGAGAGGACAAAGGAGCAGAAGAUCCUAGAACUCAUCUACAAGAUGGUGGAGAUACUGACUGGAGAGGUUCCUAUAAGGUGUCAGGAUGUGGCGGUCUAUUUCUCCAUGGAGGAGUGGGAGUAUGUAGAAGGACACAAGGAUCUGUACCAGGACAUUAUGGAGGAUCCCUGUGUAUUACCAGGAGAUUCAUAUAGUGGAUAUAGAAGAGUGGACAUUCACGGACCAGGGUUCACCAAGAUGUGUAACCGAGCCAUGAGAUUCAAAGAUGGCGCCUCACGACUGAAGAAAACAAGGACUGUGGAAUUAACAUCAGGCAACGCAAGAAAUCUUAAGAAGCCCGAAAAGCCGUCUCUACCUCCGUCCUCAGAACAUGUGCAGCAAAGUCCAUCACCACAGAUUAAAAAGGAAGCGGUGUCAUGUGAUGGAAGAAACCUCAACGACCCCAAAUUGUCCACAGAUCAUACACCCCAAUAUCUACGCCUUCAGAUUAAGGAGGAACCAGUCUCGUGUGAUGAACGAAGCCUGAGAAAUGUGGACCGGAAAAAAAAUGUCACCGCCCUGUACAAGAGACAUCUCGUUCAAAUCAAGAAGGAAGGUCCUUCAGCCAUUGAGGCCGGGGCUCCUCAUAUGGUGGAAGACGACGUUAACAAUGGACAAAUGGCCAGAAACAUGGAGAACACUGCCCCCCUCCAAGGGAACCCAGCAAGUGAUCUGAAGAUCUCAGGAAACCGGGACCAAAAAUGUAAAACGUUCAUUUGUCCUAAAUGUAAUAAAGAUUUCCUGACAAAACAGCUGCUUGUCCUUCACCAGAGAACUCACAUGAGGGAGAAGCCAUUUCUAUGUUCUAAAUGUGGAAAAUCCUUUUCCAAAAUCUCCCACUACAUUAGACACCAGAGCGUCCACAUCGGGGUGAAGCCGUACACCUGCCCUGAUUGUGGGAAGUCCUUCAGUGACCGCUCGUACCUCAGCAGACAUCAGAGGAUGCACGCCGACCUCAUCUCCAAGCCCUUCAAGUGUCCCGAAUGUGAGGUCCGCUUCAUGAACCAGUAUGAACUGGUGGCCCACUGCAAAGUCCACGCGGGGAAAAAGCCCUUUGCAUGCCCGGAGUGCGGCAAGAGGUUCACCAGGAACUAUCAGCUUCUCAAACACGAGAAGGUCCACACUGGGGACGUGCCCUUCCUGUGCACAGAGUGUGGGACUUGUUUCAGGAAUAAUGCCCUUCUCGUGAAGCACCAGCAAUACCACUCCAAGGAAAAACAGUUCUCCUGCCCAGAGUGCGGCAAAUCCUUCUCCGAUCGUUCCCAUUUUGUCCGUCACGUGAGGAUCCACACGGGGGAGAAACCGUUCAUGUGCUCCGAAUGUGGGAGACGCUUCAACGAUAAGUCCAGUCUGUCCCGGCAUCAUAGACUCCACACGGGGGAGAAGCCGUACGCCUGUCCCGAUUGUGGUCAAUCCUUUCGGUACAGCUCCACUCUCAUCAAACACCAGGAAAUCCACAGGAUAAGUAAACCCUUCAAGUGCCCGGAGUGUGACACCUACUUCAUGAGCAACGCUGAACUUCUCAUCCAUCGUAGUGUCCACUCUGUAGGGACAUAAUGCUCCUCUGUACCCCAGGAAGCCUGGAAGAUACCACAAUAAUUCUACGGGAUGGUCACAUGUGGGAGAUUUAUCAAAACCUGUCCAGAGAGAAAGAUGCCCAUAGCAACCAAUCAGAUCGCUUCUUUCAUUUAUAACAAGGCCUCUGCAAAAUGAAAGGAGCAAUCUGGUUGGUUGCUAUGGGUAACUCAGCAACUUUUCCUCUGGACAGGUUUUGAUAAAUCUCUCCCAAUAUAGCGCUGGGGGUCUUGGGGUUCAUUCGAACCAAGAUCGUCCCAUGUUUGGGUGGGUUUCUCUGGUUUACUCCAAAAACAUCCGAAUUUGGUUUAUUUCGAAUCCAGAUUGUCAGACCCAAGAAGCAGGGAUAGACGUGAGUCAUGGCGACGCUGCAGAAUAUGUUGGUGCUAUAUAAAAGAAUAAAAUAUGAUUUGUAA